CAUGCGCAGUGACUCUGCCUUCCGCCCGGCCGUACGUGAGGCGUGCGUCAAGAUGGCUGCCUCCUUGUCGCACACGCUGCUGAGAGUGUUUCCUAGCCUCUUGCGAAGUUCCUCUGGACUGCAGGUUCCCCUCCGGGCUCUUUGCACCAAAGGUCCUGAAGAAGGUUCUCCAUCCUCACUUCCCAUUUCCCCCUAUGAGAAUGAACCUUGGAAAUAUCUGGAUUCGGAAGAAUACCAGAACCGCUAUGGUUCUCGCCCGGUCUGGGCUGACUACCGCCGCAACCACAAAGGUGGUAUACCGCCUCAGCGGACCCGAAAGACAUGUAUUCGUAAAAAUGAAGUUGCUGGGAACCCUUGCCCCAUCUGCCGGGAUCACAAGUUGCAUGUUGACUUUAGGAAUGUGAAACUCUUGGAACAGUUUGUUUGCGCCCACACGGGUAUCAUCUUCCAUGCCCCUUACACAGGGGUCUGUAUGAAGCAGCACAAGAAGCUGACCCAGGCCAUCCAGAAAGCCAGGGAGUGUGGUCUCCUCAGCUACUACAUUCCCCAGGUUGAGCCUCGAGAUGUUGACUUCUGUACUGUUCAUGGAGCUGUCACUGCUACUCCGCCAGCCCCCACAUUGUUGUCAGGCAAACCUUGGUACCCAUGGUACAGCUGGCAGCAGCCACCAGAGAGAGAACUGUCACGCCUUCGCCGUCUCUAUCAAGGAAAUCUCCUAGAAGAAAGUGGCCCUCCACCUGAGUCGAUGCCCGAGAUGCCCACUAUACCACCAGCAGAAACCUCCACUGAGCAAAUGGGCUCCCAGAGUGCUUAAGACUUGUGAACUGUGGAAGAAGUCAGGGUUAAGGAAAUGGUCUUUAGGGCUAUGUGAUGACAUGUUCUGAAACAGUCAGUUUUAAACAGUGGCAGACCCUAAGGAAAUGAUUGCUGAAGAGGACAAACAAAUUUGAGGUUGAGGGGAGAGGUCUAGAGGCAAAAGUGACUAUGGAGAGGGACUCAGAUGUGACUAGGAGACUUGACUCUGGUGUGUGCACUUGUUACUGUCCCUAUUUCAAACCUGCUGGCCCAGCUUCUCUACAAUAAAGCUGUGUCCCUUCUGU